AUGGAGACGGCGAUCCGCUUCUCCCAAAACUCGCCGUCUGGAAGCAACGACCAGCGCUUCCUCAGCGCCGAUGUGACCAACAAAUCAUUCAAGCUUUGCCGUAUCACCUCGCCGAGCUCCAAAGCCUCCCCAGUGGUCCGAUAUGAGACACUCGCCUCGUCCACCAAAGUGCCUCCCUUUCGUGCAUUUGACUGGCAUCCUCACCCCGAGCACGAGAAUCUUGUGGCCGUUGGACAAUCAAGUGGCGAAGCAACGCUUCUGAGUAUCGUUGGUCCAGACCAGCCGGAUCCGGGCAGCAUCUCCUUUCAAGUCAGGAGUCAGCGCCCAUGUAACGCAGUCAGCCUCUCUUCCGGGCACCUCCUCGCGGCUGGUCUCGACCGCGUCCGCACAGAUUUUUGUCUUAAUGUAUGGGAUUUCUCCCAGCGGCUUUCUUCAAGUUCAAUGUCAAGUCCAUCUCCAAAGAGCCCAAGCUCCAUCAAAGGCUUUGCAGAACCCCUCCAACGGCUUGCAUCUGGUGAUGCAAUAACAAGUCUUAAAUUCUUCCCAACCUCGCCUUUACAUCUAAUAGCGGGAUCCAAGACCCAGUGGAUUCGUCUGUAUGACCUGCGAGAAGCCAAUGCCGCAUCAAAUACUGGUUUACAAUUCAAUACUCGUUGCGUGCACAACCUGGCAAUAGAUCCACGGGAUGAGAACUUCAUUGCCUCAUGCUUUCCAACUGGGGGAGAUCCGAGUAUCGCCCUGUGGGAUAGACGCAUGAUCGCUCGCACCAGUGUAACAUCCACAUCCUAUGCCAUACACGAGGGUCGGCAGCCCGAGUCAUCCUUGGAGCUAAGCAACGCGAUUGAUACGCCAGCCAAUAUCUGGAGCUUGCGAUUCUCGAAAUCCAAGCGUGGCUGCUUGGGUGUUCUGUCCAGCACAGGCCAGAUCAAGGUGUACGAGCUGGGAAAGGAUGCAGUCGUCGAGGAAUAUCGACCCGUCGACGAAAAUGAGAGCGAGUGGGAGGUUCAACUCCCACAAGAGGUCUUUUUGGAUAGAUCGCAAGAUCUUGAGAAACCAUACACCAAUACAUCUGGUAAGAAAGAUGAAAAAUCACGCGUCGUAUGCUUUGACUUCACGACUUGGCAAGACAAACAUGGUCAGCCUGGUCUUAUCACGCUCAGUGGAAAUGGCGAAAUCCGGACCACAGCAACAUCGCCCAUUCCUGAACCCACAGUCUUUCAUCCGGCAGGGUUCAUCAUGCACGCCAACACGUACUUUCAGGGCAGUCUUCAAAACUCAUCCCCGACAUCGUUUUGGCAAGGCAUCGAGAAGAUCAAAUCCAGAGCGGAGCUGCUCACUCCCCAGGGACAGGAGGCAACCGAUUUUAAAGCCAGGAGUGAAGCCUUGAGCAAAGGGAAAUCCUCCUUCGAGGUCCAAUCACGUCAGGAAGAUCUGGGUUUUCGUGAAAUCACCACCACCAUACCUGACCUCAUUUCGCUCACCUCAAUCGCCCAGGCUCGCUGCGAGGCUGGCUACAUGCUCGACCCCACCAUUAACAAGAGUCUCACUGGCAAUAAUCGGUAUUUGAAUCGGUUCUGGUCUUGGUGCAAGUGGGCGCAGCAGCUGCACACAGCAUCGGUUCUCAACCAAGAUAACUUGGAUCUCAGCUACCUCGGGGUGUACAGCAUUUGGAUGGAAGACUUACCCGCGUCCGAGCUGGCAACCCGUAGCCUCGGUCCAUCACAGGUUCCAGCCACCAUGCGCUUAUCCAAAGCGAUCGAAGGCCUCGUCCGCCGCUUGCAACUUCCUGCGAUCCGUCACAUUACCACAGAAUACCACUUCAAUCGCCAGCUCUGCCUGUAUAUCUCCAACCUGGCCUGGGGAUCUAACGAGCUUGAAAGCUGGGCUGGGUCCCUCACGAGCCGUAGUCAGCACUCGAAAGCCGCUUUCCUAGCCCUGGUCUCCGGCAACCGCGACCUUGCUAUUCGUUCGUUGCAAGCCAGAGGCAGCAAUCAAACUCACCACUUCAUCGCGCUCGCGAUCAGCACCAACACAAAUCGCGCUCGCAGACCCGUUUCAACGCAGGAUCAACACAAUCUCGACUCGGAUGAAGAUUCCUCUUCUGAUUCCCUUCCCGAAGACGAUCAACACCGCAGCACACUCCUCGCCUCUGCAUUAGCCACAACCACCGACCCCUUUGCCCGCGCCCUCCUCACCUAUCUCAGUAAACCGUCCUGGCCCAGUGUCCUCGCCCAGAGCAGCACCCUUCCUAUCCGCUACCGCCUUACCAUCGCCCUGCGGCAUCUCGACGACUCAGCCCUCACCACAUACAUUGGCGCACAGACCAAGGCAGCCAUGCAAGAUGGCGAUUUGGAGGGCAUCUACUUCACCGGCCUCGGCAGUAAUAAGUCUUUUGAGCUGCUGCAAGGCUAUGUCGCGCGCUUCGGUGAUCUACAGACCGCCGUGUGCGCGCUAGCUACGACGAUGCCACGCUAUGUCCGCGAGGAAACUCUGCUACGCAAGUACCAGGCCAUGCGGCAAACGUACCGGCACGAGGUGCAGAGCUGGGGAGGUGACUUUAUGUUCCGGCGCGUGGCGUUUGACGUCGAGUGCACGCGUGCAGCCAGGGAUAACGUGACUGGCCAGAAGUUGAUGAAGGCGGCCCCACCGCAGAUCAGGCUGGUAUGUCAAGGCUGCGCGAGCGGGCUGGCGCACCAUGAGGCUGGAAUGGAGGAUGAAGGAGGAGGUAACGGGAUGAAGAACGAGAAGAAAGGCAACCCAUUGUCUCCUGCAACUGCAGCGGCAUUGGGCACCGUGUGUCCAAGGUGCGGACGGAAGAUGCCUCGCUGCGGAGUCUGCGAUGGACAUCUGGGGCAAGAGGACAGCAGUUUCAUGAAAUGGUACGGCAGAGAGGGGAAGGGAAGCGUGGAUGGCACCAACGUGAGCGAGCGCAUGGCCGGCAGCGUGGGCACCAUCGUUGGGCUCGACGGCAGGAAGGAGCGGGAUCGAGACCAGCACGGAUCGGGCUCGAAGGCAUCCUACGCCGGCAGUGCAAAGGUGGACGUCAAGAGCGCCACAGACAAGUUGCGGGGUCUCAGUGUUGAGACGCCGGCCGUGGUAGAUGCCGAGGAUGCCGACAUCGGUGACGGCCAAGAGGAGACGAUGCUGGAGGAAUUGCGCCGGCGCGACGACAUGAUGGCCCGCUUCAUUGUCGUCUGUGUCAAUUGUAACCAUGGCUUCCACUUCUCGCACGCGCGGAAGUGGUUUGAGGGCGACGUUGAGGCAGGCACGCAGCCGCACCCCUACUGUCCGGUGCCGAAGUGUGAUUGUCUUUGCUGGGAGGAUGGGCUGUAG